CUCUUCCCUCAAAGGCUCAAACCAGUCCCCCCCUUCCUCCAUAUUCGCUUCUCAUAGCGGUCAACGGAUCAAAUAAACACUUCACUGAAUAAUAAUAACAACAAUAAUAAAGCCGUAUUUUUUUAAAAAAAUUUGUAGCGGUAACUCUUUUUUACUUCAAUUUGCUUUGCCGGAAGCUUUGGCCGGGGAUUUCUUGACGGUUAUUGGUUUUGUUUUUCCGAAGUCGGUUUUGAGGCUUUAAAGGUAUGAAGAGAAUGGGAGGGAGUCGGAGUUACUCGGCGAAUCCUAGCGAUUACAAGCUUCUGGAAGAGGUUGGUUAUGGCGCAAGUGCUACGGUUUAUAGAGCGAUCUAUAUUCCUUUUAACGACGUCGUAGCUAUUAAGUGCUUGGAUCUCGAUCGCUGCAAUAGUAAUCUGGAUGACAUACGCAGGGAAGCUCAAACAAUGAGUUUGAUUGAUCACCCAAAUGUUAUUCGGGCAUAUUGUUCCUUUGUAGUUGACCGUAGCCUUUGGGUAGUCAUGCCCUUCAUGUCAGAGGGUUCUUGUUUGCACCUCAUGAAGAUAGCUUAUCCUGAAGGUUUUGAGGAGCCUGCUAUUGGUACUAUUCUGAAAGAAACUCUUAAGGCUUUGGAUUAUCUUCAUCGACAAGGACAUAUUCAUCGGGAUGUUAAGGCUGGGAACAUACUGCUUGAUAACAAUGGCACUGUAAAGCUUGCUGACUUUGGUGUUUCAGCUUGCAUGUUUGAUUCAGGAGAUAGACAGCGUUCUAGAAACACCUUUGUUGGAACCCCUUGCUGGAUGGCACCAGAGGUCUUGCAGCCCGGAAGUGGAUAUAACUCCAAGGCUGAUAUAUGGUCAUUUGGCAUAACAGCAUUGGAGUUGGCUCAUGGUCAUGCACCUUUUUCAAAAUAUCCACCAAUGAAGGUUCUCCUGAUGACCAUACAAAAUGCUCCACCAGGACUAGAUUAUGAUCGAGAUAAGAAGUUCUCUAAGUCUUUUAAAGAAAUGGUAGCAAUGUGCCUGGUUAAAGAUCAAACGAAGAGGCCAACUGCAGAGAAAUUAUUAAAGCACUCCUUUUUCAAGCAUGCAAAACCUCCUGAGCUUUCUCUGAAGAAAUUAUUUACUGAUCUGCCACCACUUUGGAAUCGUGUGAAAGCCCUUCAGCUUAAAGAUGCUGCACAACUUGCUCUAAAGAAAAUGCCUUCAGCAGAACAAGAAGCUUUAUCACAGAGUGAGUACCAAAGAGGAGUUAGUGCCUGGAAUUUUGAUAUCGAGGAUUUGAAAGCACAAGCAUCUCUGGUGCGUGAUGAUGAUGAUAUUCAUGAGUGCAAAGAUGAUGAGAGCUUGAAAUCAAGCCCUGGUCAUAAGGCUGCAGCUUACUGUGAAUCUAGUUUGGGAAAGCUGAAUUUAGAUAGGGAAGUAUCUCUGGUUGAAUUUGGAGGACCAAGGAGCGUUGACUCAAUACAGCCUGAUUGCUUGAAUGAGACAGGAAAGAAUUUGGAUUGUGAUAGAGUUGAGAAGGGUUUGAGGAAAAAUGGAUCAAACAUUGAUGUUAUGGCAUCGACUUCAGAAAAGGAUGUUGAUUUGGCCAAGGCUAAAACAGUGAAACCCAGGCAAACCCAAAGUGGGCCACUUACAACUGGUCCUGUUCUUAAUCAUUCAUCUUCAGAUCGGGUUCGUAACUCAGAAAGGUUUGAAAAUGAAAAUUUACCUGCCAAUGAGAAAGUUUGCCAAGUUCGUAAAGCACCAAGUUUUAGUGGUCCAUUGAUGCUUCCUAAUCGAGCAUCUGCUAACAGCUUAUCAGCUCCUAUUAAGUCUUCAGGAGGGUUUAGGGAAUCUUUGGAUGAGAAGUCAAAGGCUAAUCUGGUGCAAAUAAAAGGUCGAUUUUCAGUAACAUCAGAAAAUUUAGAUCUUGUAAAGGAUAUUCCUUUAAGUUCAGUUUCACGUCGAUCUUCACAGUUUCAGACUUCACCUCUCAGAAAGUCUGCUAGCGUUGGUGAUUGGAUGUUUGAAUCCAAACAAGUGCCUAUCAUUCAAUCCCCCAAGGAUUUAACCAACGGUAACGUGCCCGCAUCAAUUCUUAUGACUCACCUUCAAAAUCUUUUCCAGCAAACCUCACUUCAACAGGAUCUCAUCGUGAAUUUGUUGAAUACCUUGCAGUCUGCCGAGGCUGUAGAUGCCUCACAAAACGGAAAGUUGCCUCCUCUUCCUCGUUCGGAGAGCAAUGGAAAUGUUGAAACCCCAGCUUCUGAGAGGGAGCGUUUACUGCUAGGCAAGAUCACGGAGCUACAAUCUAGAAUGAUGAAUCUGACUGAUGAGUUAACUGCUGAAAAGUUGAAACAUGAUCAAUUGCAACAACAAUUAAGGUUCGUGUCUGGCGUGGAAGAGAACGGGAUUCGAAGGGAAGUGGAUGCGUGAAAGCUGUAAAAAACUCGACUACCGGUAAAGUGAACUUUCCGUUUCUAUAAUCGUUACAAAAGAUGUAAAUCAUGCAGUUCAGAUUAUAACUGCGUUUCCACCAUUCUUUUUGCCUAAUGCCCUUAUCAGAUACAUGAUAUGGUGAAAUUCUUUAGGGCCCUGAUUGAUAUCGUCUGAUACAGUAGGGAAGCAAGCAUUCUUAAUUACUUAUGUAUACAUACAUAUAUAUACAAUGAUGAAUAAGAAAAUAUUGUGGAA